GACAAGUCAGUUGACAGCAGGUCACAAAAACAGGAGCUAUGGAGCAUCACCGGGUCGACAGGGUGGGCCUUCUGUCUCCUCUGGAGGAGUCUAGUGCGGAAAUAAGCACAGACAGCGGCAUCGUGUCCCAGAGCGCGAGCAGUUUGUCCAUGGUGAGCGACAUCUUGAGCAGCGGGACCGUGUCGCAGAGCCCCAGCUUCGGAGCGGCGGCUGCGGCUAACGUUGCCCCUCUGAACCCGAGGCUGAAUGAAGCGGCUCAGCUCGAGACAAACGACCAGCGCGACUCGGAGCAGGACGACGAAGUCCUGAGACAAACAGCCCUCGAAUACUCGUCCUGCAUCAAAGCGACAGCUGGAGAAGAGGUCCUGUGCUUGGAGAAGAGCUUAGAAGAAAUGCUUACAAGAGUGGAUGAGUUUGUGGGGAUGUUAGAUAUGAUUCGUAAUGAUACCUCCCAAAUAGUGAAUGAAAAUCUACCAAAAAUCCAACAGAAGGCUGAUGAAAUGAGACAAAUGUACAGAAGGAUCGACAAAUUAGAGGCCUUUGUAAAGAUGGUGGGGGCCAAUGUCAGUGCAAUGGAGGAGCAGGUCAAGCAGGCGGAGGGGGAACUGGGAACACUACCGAGCGCUUUUAAGAAGAUUCUCCGCACAAUGACUGUCCCAGGCUUCCUAAGUAAACAGGCCAGCCCACAAAGAUCAGCACCACAUCAGCGCCACGAGAUGCCCAGUGUGUUCCGUGCAGACGAUUAUUUCACGUCGCAUCCAGAACAGUGACGGAACAUGUGAAUCAGCUCGGUUCUAAUCUCAAGAGGCCUGUUUGGUGAAACUGUAAAGACAACCUUUACUGCCAUCCUUUUGAUGAAGAUUUAUUGGUGCAGAAGACUCAAACGAAUCAAUAGGAGCUCAAUGAACAACUCGCCGAACGUGAAGUGAGGACAUACUACACCUUUGGCGUGUUGAUUCUCCAGGCAGCAACAAGCACUGAACUGUAGCAACAUGAUUUUAUAAAGUGCCUAAAUGAGUCUUACGUCUUUCAGAUAUGUUUUGUGAAGAAAAACAAGUCGGAUGUUAGAAUUGGGAUAAAUUGGGAGGACAAUGUCAUCGUUCUUGGUCGGACUAAUGAUGGUACAUCAGAAGAUGCUGUUUGGAUCUUUAGAUAUAUGUGAAAAAUGAACCCAGCUUUUUUAUAAAUCACACUCCUGUCACUGGUGUUUGUAAAGACCUGCACGCUGCUCUUGGCUGAUCUGUAGUUCUGUAUCUGUCUGAGCAAUACGAUAU